AUGUUCAAAUCGCAUUCAAGAUACCCUACUAAACCGUCAUCGGUUCCAAAACAAAGGCUCAAUAUCCACAUAAGCGAUCAAGGGGACACGUCCGAGUCGGAACAGUCGUACACUGACGACGAAGGCUCCUCUGAUGUGGUUGAUGUGUCUCCGCCAUCCGUCACAGGCAGCAUCGGUGAAUGGGCUCAUCUAUCAUACCCCGAUGAAAUAGGAUCCUCCGAAGCAUCUCACCCCCGCACUUCGCGCCAUAGUCGUGAUCGCGAGACUCUACCAGCUUCUCGUUCUAGAUCUAGCCACCGAUACUCGCGCAGAGACGUGCGUCCACAGAGAGAAGCCUUCCAACAAAGGGCAGCACGCCGCCAUCGCUCGCCAGAAUCUCCCGACAGUGAGUCGGCCGAAGACCUUGUGGAAGACUAUACUCGACAUCGGCCUGAGAGGAGGGGUUGGCCGCCUACAGGCGCGGCAGCUGUCGGUGGUUACGCCCAGAGUGCAUCAUCGGGGCCAUCCUACAAUGUGUUUCCGAACGGGGCAGCUGGCCAUCCACAUUUCCCGCAUGCCGGUCCUGUCCUUCCACCAUCAGACCAAUUAGUUCGGUUUGGUCCCCUUGCUCACAUGGGGCGCUCAGGCCAAUAUGGGAACACAUCACCGCCUUAUGGCUACGGUGGCUCUCAUUUUCCUCCACCCCAUGCAGGGGGCAUGCCGCCUUUUUUCGGCCAUGAUCAAUUACCCGGCCAUCCUGGACCUCAUCCCGCUCAUCUUCCACCACACCAACCUCACGACCGGAGCCGAGGACAAAGUCCACCGGAGGUACCACCUCUACCCCAUAUGGUUCCCCCCCACGGCAACCCACAUUUUGGCGGUCCCCCCUUUGGCAGUCCUGAUUUGAUCCCAUACGGCGCAAAUGGAUACAUGCCGUUCAAUCCCAACUUCCCGCCGAUGCCUCCGGGGAUGCUCGCUCACCCCCUAUUCAAUCAGAUACCUCGUCAGCCUGAAUCUCCAUCGGCGACUUCUCAAUCAGAUACUGCAAAGGACGAAGCGAUCGCUAGACUGGAGAAGUUGAUAUUGGACGAACGUGCAGAAAGGGAGGCAAGGGAUGCAGCUCGUGAAGCAGCCAUAGCGAAAGCCGCGGCAGAUAAAUUGGCAGCAGAAGAGAGGGCGGCAGCUGAAAAGAAGAUCGCAGAUGAAGCGGCGGCCAAUGCAAGAGCUGCAGCUUUGGCAGAGGCAGAACAAAAAGCUGCUGAAGCGGCUAUCGCGGCUCAAAAGGCCGCCAAGGAGUUAGCAGCAGCGGCAGCAGCAGAUGCCAAGAAGGCCGCUGAAGAAGCUGCGGCCGCGGCAGCAGAGGAGGCAAAGAAGGCCGCUGAUGAAGCGGCUGCUGCUGCUGCUGCCGCCGCAGCCGCCGAAGCGACAAAGGUUGCUGAAGAAGCUGCAAAGGCUGCAGCUAAGAAACCUCCACCCGAGAAGAAGAAACCUAUCAAGUUCAAAGACGCCGUGGGAAGAAAGUUCAACUUCCCCUUCCACUUAUGUGCCACAUGGCAGGGAAUGGAGGAGCUUAUUCGUCAAGCGUUUCUACAUGUCGAUGUCAUUGGACCUCACGUUGCAGAAGGACACUAUGACCUAGUCGGCCCGAGUGGUGAUAUUAUCUUGCCACAGGUCUGGGAGACCGUUAUCGAGCCGGAUUGGACUAUAACCAUGCACAUGUGGCCAAUACCAGAAAAGCCAAAAGAGCCUGAUCCACCACCACCAGCGGAAGAGCCUCCUGCGCCACCACCAGAGGAGCCCAAAAAGCCUGCAGCUCCCGCUCCUAAGAAGCCCAAAGUCAGACCUGAGGCCGGCUCAUUUGCCAUGUGGAUGAUGGGGAACAAUCGGCCAAAACCGAAACAGCCUUUAAAAGCGUGA